UUUCGUUUCCGGUUUUGAGUGUCACACGCGAAACAAUUCUUUUCGCCGGCAAUUUACACAUUUUUUAUGACAAAAUGACUCUCUUCCAUUUCGGAAACUGCGUAGCUUUAGCGUAUGUCCCAUACGUUAUUGUCUACAAAUGCUCGGGAUUGGCGGAGUACAGUGCAUUCUGGAAAUGUGUACAAGCAGGAGGGGCCUACUUAUUUACUCAGCUCUGCAAGAUCCUCAUCCUUGCCUCAUUCUUCCCUUCAACAGACGUAGUACCCGGAGGAAUGGAUGUCAUUGGCGAGUUUCUGAAAUCAACAGUAGAUCUGGCUGACUUGAUUGGGCUUCAUUUUGUAAUGUCAAAAAUCGCUGGGAAAGGUCAGCUAAAGUUUAUGGUGGCUGGACUAGGCUGGGCAACAGCAGAACUUUUUAUGACCAGGUUUUUGCCUCUAUGGGUGGGAGCCAGAGGAGUAGAAUUUGACUGGAAAUACAUACAGAUGAGUGUUGAAUCAAACAUCAAUUUGGUACAUCACAUCAGCACCGCCAUGCUUGUCUGGUUACGCAGCAGAAGUGAUCUACAGAGAUCUUUUGUACCUGUUGUGCUGACAUUGUUGGCCCUCAGCUGCUACAAACCGCUCAUCGUAGAGAUCCUGAUUCAUGCAGUGGGCCUAGGAUCGUGGACGCUGCUCCUGGCCAAGGCCAUGUUUACAGGCUGUGUGGGAGUGAUCGCCCUCCAACUGUGUCUCAGUCUCACCAUACACGCCACCAACUCGUACUACUGAACUGACCCUAUACAUACCUACUACUGCAAGUCUCAGAAAUGUCACUCCUAAAUGAUCUCACCUGUGUCUUAUUAUACACUGGAGAAAAAUGGGUUUGAGAUUUGAAAUAGGGGAAAAGUGCAAGCAAUAUGUCUGAUAUGAGGGAAUUAAGAAUAGAAAAACACUUCAAGAACAGUUUCUCACAAAAGAUGAGGAUAGGAGAGUUUAAA